ACUCUGAAAUCUAACCUAACGUGGCGUAACCUAACCUUCUUUUUUAAUAACAUCAGAAAUUAGUUUUGUGUUCAGUUUUUGGUUAAAAAACAUUAGGAAUAACAUUUGGAUGACCUCAAAAUUUGCCCUAAUAUCAAAAAAUUUAACACCUAUAAUCCACUUUAAAACUUGAAGAUGUGGAAAUAUGUGACUCGUGGAAUUCGGGAAACAUUAGAACGUCGUGCAAAUCGUCGAACAAAUCUUUAUUCACAAAAUUCACAAGAAAAUUCAGUCAAAUGUGAAAUUAAAACAAAUUUAGUUUCUAAUCAAAAGUUAUUAGCACCAACUUUUUCUACAUUCAAUAAUGGAUUUUGUGAUUCCACAAAGUCCACUGGUGCUAAGGAUAAAAAAGAAGAUUCCAAAUGGGAUGCUAAACACAAUUGGACGGAUGCUGUCGGUUGGACAGGAGUCCUGGCAGUAAGUUGGGUUGUAUGUCAAUCUUUGUGUUUGCGAAGGAGGUUUUUUGAAGAUCAACGUCACGAGACAAAUGCAACAUUUCAAAAUAAACUAUUGCACUUACCAGAAGUGCAUCUCAAACGCUUGCUGGCUCAAGUGUUAUGUUUGAAGCCCCAAUUUAUUUUUCCAGUUGUUCAUGCUGUUUCGGAUGUCAAAAAAGUUGACGCCGCUACAGAAACAGACUGUACUUCAUCACAAUCAAAUGGACCGCUCACUGCUGAAGAGGCUUUAAAAGAAGCGGAAAGUAAAUUUUCAUUCGCCCAUCAGCUUUAUUUGGGACAAUGCGAAUUAAAUUUAGGUAUAACAGCAUUAAAAGAUGAACGUUAUGAAGAUGCCUUGAAAAAUUUUUCAACUGGAGCGAAAUUAUUUUCACCAGCCAGUAUAUUUAAUUUGGGAUUGUGUCACGAAUUAGGAUUUGGCACAAAAGUUGACGAUAUUAAGGCAGCAAAAUACUAUGAUAGAGCGGCAGAAAUGGGACAUGCAGGAGCAAUGUAUAAUUUAGCAAUUUUCCACGCACAAGGAAGAGGUAAUUUUUCCGUGGACAUUAAUAAAGCACGAACUUUAUUUAAAAGGGCAGCCGAUUUAGGCCAAGAAAAAGCUAAAGAAGCUCUUAUGAUUGAUGAAAAAUAUACAAUUGAAUCAACAGCGAGAAAAAACGAGUCAAUACUCAUCAAAAAGAAAUCUUCUAUGAAGAAUGUUCUAAAAAAUACUAUUUUUAAUAUGGCAAAAUAUGAAGACGUAUUUAUUUCAAAAUCAAAUAAAAAAUCCGAUUCUUAUUUUAUCGAUAAAGAAAUAGACAAUCAAAAUUCGACAGAAGCAUUUUUAAAUAUCCUCGGAAUAAAUGAAACACCAUUACAACCAAUUGCUAAUUCUUGUUAAUUGUUUUUCUAUUUUAAUUAAAUAUUUUUUAUUCUAGUAAGCAGGAUACUGCAUGCGUCUAUAAAGUUGCCAUAUUAAAAAAAAAGAUAAUUGUAAAGUAACUCAACUACAGUAGAAAAACGACAUGAUUUUUGAAUCUGUAUAAAAAAAUAGUCUUGUAAAUUAUAAUAAUUGUUAAAGACUGACGACCUUAUUAAAAAAAUCAUGAACAUAAUUCGAUAGUCAUCGAAGAAAAACUUAUAGUUUUUUUUUUAAAACGAUGACUAAAGUACUUAACAAAAAUUACUACUUUUCAGGAUCUCAUUAAGUCUCUAUUAUUAUUUGUUGUAGAUAAUUCAUCAUUUGAAUUUAAAUAAUUGGCAUGUAAAUUUUACUGACUAUAUUUAAAAAAAAAAAAUUAUCAACAUUCAUUUUAAUUAUUU